UUCCGUGUUAUUGCACAGAACCAUGAGACUAGCGGUGCUGACGUUGCUAUGCUGUCUGGCGAUAGGGUCACUUGCCUCGCCGGUAGCCAAGAUCACUGACAGCAAAGUGUCGACUCAGAACCUCGUUGCAACCGGCAGGCAAUCCCCCGCGGCACCAGUUGCCGCUCCUGCCGACGACGACGACGAUGACGAUGAUGAUGACGACGACGACGACGUCGAUCUAGAUAUUACUGGGGAUGAUGAUGACGAUGACGAUGACGAUGAUGACGACGACGACGACGAUGACGACGAUGGCGAUUACUUGGAGCGUUUCAUCGAAGAUAUACUUGGAGGAGAGGACGAUGACGACGAUGAUGAGGAUGAAGCCGCCGCGCCGGUUGCAGCCGCCGUACCCGCUGCGGCCGCGAUUUCUCCACCAGCAGCUCCCGUCAAUUCACCGCAGGUACCGCUCUCCGUUGCGGCCGAUUUGAGCCAAGAGGCCGCCGAGGAUGCCGCGGCGGCAGGCGAGGCGGCCGGCGACGAUUCCGGUAGCUACGAGGACGAGGAGGGUGAUGCCGAGAGCCAAGCCGCGUCCAACGUGCACGAGUCGACGCUCGAAGCUGCCGAGUCCAUCUCAAAUCCGGUAUCGGUAAAUGCCAUUGGGACGGCGCCCGUUGCACCCGCUGCUCCGACCUCGAGCGAGGAGGACGACGACGAUGACGAUGAUGAUGAUGACGACGUGGAUCUAGACAUUACGGAGGACGACGACGACGACGACGACGAUAGCGAAGAGGACGAUGACGACGACGAUGAUGAGGAUGAUGAAGUGGAUGAGAUCGCCGAUAUUGCCAGCGCUAGACACGCACGUGGUGCAGAAUCCGAACCGAGCGCGCACGUGCCGGCGAUUUACGUGGCAAAAUACAAUCGUUUCGUCGAUCAAAUUCUCGGCAAGAUCAACAACAUUCUGCGCGCAAAUUACGAGCCGGUGACUGUUAAACUAACGAAUUCAAAUUCGGGCUCCAAAUCGAACAAGAACAAAAACAAGAGCAAAAAGAAGGGCAGCAAAAAGAACGGCACCAAGAAG